UGUUUACUUCUCCCGACAGAUGAAACAGAAUUCAGAAAUUUUAUUGUCUGGCUUGAAGACCAGAAAAUCAGACACUACAAGAUUGAAGACAGAGGGAACUUAAGAAACAUACACAGUGAUGACUGGCCCAAAUCAUUUGAAAAGUAUAUGAAAGAUGUAAACUGUCCUUUCAAAAUACAAGAGCGACAGGAAACGGUAGACUGGCUUCUCGGCUUGGCGGUUAGGCUCGAGUAUGGAGAUAAUGCUGAUAAAUAUAAGGAUUCUACCCCUGAUGGCGCUAAAAAUACUGACAAUACAGCAAAAAAUGCAGAACCGCUGAUUAACUUGGAUGUGAAUAAUCCUGAUUUCAAGGCUGGCGUGAUGGCUUUAGCUAACCUGCUUCAAAUUCAGCGACAUGAUGAUUACUUGGUAAUGCUUAAGGCCAUUCGCAUUUUGGUUCAAGAGCGCUUGACGCAGGACGCCAUAGCGAAGGCCAGUCAGUCCAAGGAGGGUUUGCCUGUUGCUUUAGAAAAGCACGUUCUUGGUUUUGACACAGGAGAUGCUGUUCUUAAUGAAGCUGCGCAAAUUCUCCGACUGCUGCAUAUAGAGGAGCUCCGAGAGCUGCAAACAAAAAUUAAUGAAGCAAUUGUAGCAGUCCAGGCGAUUAUUGCUGAUCCCAAGACGGACCACAGACUGGGGAAAGUCGGGAGAUGAACAGAUAAAAGCUUUUAGUCUCUUGUGUACUUAGUACAAUUAGGAACUAUGUACAACUCUGGCAUGCAGUUUGAAAUGGUAUUUUACUGUUUUGAAAGAAAACAGGAAAUUGAAUUCUGACUUCUACUGAAUUAUCAUUUUUCUUUAAAUAAAUGAAGCCGGGGAAAACAGACAAAGUG